CUUUAUAGUUUCAAGUCGCAAAUUGAAAGUUGCUGCCCCGGUAGCAUAGUGAUCAUUGAUCAUCACACAAUAAAAUAUAAAAUCAGAUUUAAAAGAAUUUUUGUUGCUUUGAAGCCUUGCAUCGAUGGGUUUCUUAAUGGCUGCAGGCCAUACUUGGCAGUAGAUACCACCUUCUUGACAGGAAGGUUCAAGGGGCAGCUGGCUAGUGCUACCGCCGUUGAUGGCCAUAGUUGGAUGUAUCCAGUUUGUAUGGGUGUUUUUGAUUCUAAAACUAAUGAGAAUUGGACCUGGUUCAUGUAAAUGGUUAGACAAGCCAUAGUAUCCCCAAGGGGUUUAACCAUAUGCACCGAUGCUGGGCAACCAAUGAUGACAGGUGUAAAAGAAGUGUUCCCAGAGGCUGAACAUAGGGAAUGUAUGUUUCACUUGGCGUCCAACUUCAAGAAGAAGUUUCAUGGAAAGGUGUUUGAUGACCACCUUUGGGCUGCUGCUUACUCAUGGAACCCAUAUAUAUUUGAAAAAAAUUGGGCUGCAAUGGACAUAGCAAAGCCAGCGGCAACUGCAUAUCUUAGGAGGUGGCACACUAGGUUGUGGUCUAGGAGUCAGUUCUCAACAAUUUCCAAGGUGGAUUAUGUUACAAACAACUUGGCUGAGUGCUUCAAUAAUUGGAUUAAGCAUCACAAGUCCUUGAACUUGGACGACUUCUUUGAUAAGGUUAGGAAGAUGAUUAUGAUCAUGUGGAACCGAAGGAGGAAAGUAGCAAGGAAGUUGGUUGGUUUGAUUCUUCCCCACAUAAUUAAGAAGUUGAAUGCAAAGACUAGAGAAUUAAACUUGGAGGUGGUAGAAAGCUCAGAAGAAGUCGCUGAAGUGACAGCAUUGGGAGGCAGCGGCUUUAGGUUUGUGGUCAACUUGCUUGACAGGACAUGUUCUUGUAGACAAUGGCAAGUUUCUAGCCUUCCUUGCAAGCAUGGUCUACAUUUAUCACAUCUCUUAUCAAUGCACACAUACAGAAUUAUGUGGACUUGUAUUACUCCAUUGACAAAUUUAGGGCAGCCUAUGACCAACUAAUUCCAGCCAUGGUUGACAAGAACCAAUGGCCUAAAUCUGACCAUGGAUUCUUCAUGUUUCCACCACUACUAAAAUCCACGGCGGGUAGGCAUAAAACUGAGAGGUAUAAAGGCUGCAGUGAGAAGAAAAGAAAAGGCGACCAACACUUAUGCCCUAUUUGUAAGGACUAUGGGCAUCAUUGGCAUAAAUGCAAGAAGGGUAACCCAGAUGACAUUGCUGCUAUUUUAGCUGUGAGAGGACCACCAAAGAAGAGGGCAAAGACCACCAAAGCAUCAAUUGUGCCUUGCGAGGAUGAUGCUCCAGCAGCCUCUAUGUGCUUUCCGCCAAGCCAAAGCUUGGAACCUACAACUACGAAAAAGAGAAAACAUGAUAACUCAAUUACUGGAGCAUCAAAAAGCCAAAUGUUGGAGAAAACAACUAAGGAAAAAGGUAAAGGGAGUAAAUCUAGAUCCAGAGUAGCAAAAAGAUCAACAACUCAGCCCAUUUGUGUGGCCAACAAGAAAGCAUCUGUUGCUUUGAAAUUACAUGCCAAAAGAAAAGGCAAAGAGGUUGCUGAUAAGUUGCCACACCUUCCUAUGGUGCCACAUGAUAGCCCUGCAAUGGGCACACGUAGCAAAAAAAUGAAUCCUGCCAGCCCUGCAAUGAGCACACGAAGCAAAAGGAGGCUUAGCUUGUGAUUCUCAUUGGAUCCCUUUCCAUAUCAUGGUUCAUUUGGGAAACUUUUGAGCUGUUUAUGUAAUAUAUAUGUGAACCUGGGCUUUUGUAAGUGCUAUAUGUGACCUUCAUGUGUUGUAUUUGACAUGAUGUGAACCUGGACUAUUAUAUGUGAACUCUAUGUGAACCUGAAUGUGUGUAGAGGACUAAAUAUGUGGACUAUUUCCGUAUAUGUGA